AUGUUGCUUUUAUUAAUAUUUUUUGGCAUAGUCACUGGAAAUUGUGAUUAUAGAUGCUUCGAUUGCGAUGAAACAUCAAAUUGUCUUAAAUGUCAACCAACUAGAAAUUUUAUAGAGGGAUUGUGUUAGUGUUCGAGUUCAAUGAUGGAAUUAUCUACAAUAAAAUCAAACUAAUGUUUUGAAUGCAAUUAGAAUUGCAAGACUUGCAAAUAUAAUUAAAGAGAUCAUUGUUAAAGCUGCUAUAAUGAAAAUCAUAGAGUUCUUGAAAAUGGUAAAUGCAUUUGUGAAAAUUCAUAUUAAGAGUUAAAAUAAUCCUAAUAAUGUGUGCCUAUUGGAUAAAAUGUAGAAUUAUCAGAAAUACUAGAUAAAAGUCUUAAAUAAGAAGGAUCUUUUAAACAUUUAUGUAAUGUACUACUAUAUAAUGAUACAGUAAUUUCAUUUUUUGAUAAUGAUAUCAUUUAAACAGUGGCUUUAACAUUUUAAGAUAAUAUAAAGAAUUUAAUAUCGAUUGAAAAUCACAAUAAAUACUUUUACAAUAAUGAUGGAAAACCUCUAAUAUAAAUUAAGAGAGAUAAUGUUUUGGUUAUUGCAACAAUGUUGACAGAUUUAUUCAUUAUGUCAUUUAAUUUUGGAACAGGUUUUGCUAAAAUUUAGGAUAAAUAUUGGAGUGUAAAAAAUUAUGGUAAUAAUUAAUACGAUGUAGAAAUUUAUCAAUACUUAAAAUAAAAAAUAUUAAUUAUAUAAAUGGGAAUAAAACGAACAGUUGAAAAAUAAUAGACAUUAAUUAUGUCUUUCCUUCUUAGUUAUUAGAGUAAUGACUUUGUUGCUUAUAAUGUCUUAGAAACAAUAAUUGAUCAUGCAAUUAGAUAAAUUUAAUUUUGUACUGAUCCAUUUUGUCAUACUUGUAGUUUCUAUGAUUAAAGUGAAACUUGUAAAGUAUGUAAAUCAUAAACAGAAUUUGAUACAGUAACCAAGACUUGUGUAUGUAAAGGUGAAAAACAUACUGAUGGUUAAUGUUAUCCAAAAUGUAAGAAUCCAAAUUGUAUUGGUUGUACUGAAGGAGUUUGUCUAUUGUAUCAACCUGAUAAUAGUAUUAAAGAAGUUUGUGAUGAUGGAUAUUAUGAAUCAAGUUAAAUGUGUUUCAAAUGUCAAUCACCUUGUUUAACUUGUUUAAGUUCAACAUCAUGUUAAACUUGCGUAGAGAAUUAUUAUAAAGAUAAUUUGAUAUGUAAAGAAUGUGAAUAACCAUGUAGGACAUGUUAAAAUUAAUCUGAAUGUUCUACUUGUUUAGAUGGGUAUUACCUUAUAAAUCUUUUUGAGUGUUUACCUUGUUCAGUUAUUAAUAAUUGUAUAUAGUGUGAGACUGCAAGUUAAUGUUAGGUAUGUAAAUAAGGAUAUUAUUUAAAUGAAAGUAGUAAUUGUUCAAAAUGUUAAACUUUAUGUAGUAGUUGUACUUCAUAUUCAUAAUGUAAUGGAUGUAUUGAUGGAUAUUAUUUAUCAUUUGGAUAAUGUAAUACAUGCACUAAUAGUGAAUGCUAGAUUUGUCCAAAUUCAAGUUAAUGUCAUGUUUGUAAGAUAGGUUAUUUUGUUGAAGAAAUGAAAUGUAAAGUUUGUGAUUUACAAUGUUCUACUUGUGCUGAAUCAGGUUCUGAAUGUUAUAGUUGUAAACUUGGUUCAUCUUUAAUAUCUAAUAAAUGUGUAACAUGUUAAUCACCUUGUUUAAAUUGCAUAGAUACAAUUAGUACAUGUUUAUCUUGUAUUAAUGAUUCUUAUUAUUUGGAAGAAAAUAAAUGUAUUUUAUGCUAAUCUCCAUGUAAAAGAUGUUCUUCAAAAACAUAUUGUUUAGAAUGUUAAAUUGGUUAUAUUUUAGAUAAUUAAACUGGAUUAUGCAAGAAAUGUGAGACAUCUUGUCCUACUUGUUGUAAUCAAUGUUAAUCAAAAUUAGUUUAAAAUAUUAAUUGUAAUUAUUGUCAAAGUACAUGUAAUGAAUGUACAAUUACACAAACAUGUUAAUCAUGUUUAGAUGGAUAUUUUAUGAAUGAAUCAAACUGUUAAUUAUGUUCUAGUAAUUGUUAAACAUGUGUAAAAAAUUAUAUUAAUUGUAUGAGUUGUUAUUCUGGAUAUUAUUUAUCUAAUGGAUAAUGUAUUUAAUGUCAUGUAAAUUGUGCAGAAUGUAUAAAUUCUGAAUAAUGCAUAAUUUGUAAAUCCAAUUAUAUAUUAAAUCAAUAAUAGAAAUGUUAAUUAUAAAAUUGCAAUAUUGAUUAAUGUAUUACAUGUUAUGAAUAAGGUACAUGUGAGAAAUGUGGUAUUACUAAGUACUUAAAUAAUAAUAAAUGUUUACCAUGUUCAAAAUUAUGUAAAUCUUGUUAAAAUAGUAAUAAUGAAUGUACUGAAUGUUUUUAAAAUUAUUAUUUAGAUAAUAAAUAAUGUUUGAAAUGUGAUGACAAAUGUGCUACUUGUAUUACAACAUCUUAUAAUUGUACAAAGUGUGCAAUUGGAUAUUAUGAAAAAAAUGGAGAUUGUUUAAAGUGUAGUAUUACAUGUAAAACAUGUUUGAAUGAAUAUGAUAAUUGUACUUCUUGUACAGAUAUUUAUUAUUUUGAGAAUAAUAAAUGUAUUGAAUGUUCAAAAAAAAUUGAAUAAUGUUCUAAAUGUACUAAUAGCUCUACUUGUUUAAAAUGCUAUAAUGAAUAUUAUUUGAAUAAUAAUAAAUGUUAAAUUUGUCCUUAUGCAUGUAGUUAAUGCACAUCUUAUGAUUAUUGUACUGAAUGCAAAUAUGAUGCAUAUAUUUCAGCACCAAAUAAAUGUACUAAAUGUCCAAAAAAAUGUAAGGGUCCUUGUUAAUAUAUUAAUUCAUAAAUUAUUUGUACUGAUGGAUGUGCAGAUGGAUAUUUUGAAAAAGAUGGAAAUUGUCUUGAAUGUGAAGCUCCUUGUAGAACAUGUAAAAAUGAUAAAUUAAAUUGUUCUAGUUGUAUUACUGGUCAUUAUUAUGAAAUUACUUUUAAUGAUCUUUGUAAACGUUGUAAUACUAGUAAUUGUGGAGAUUGUGAAACUUCAGAUCAUUCAUGUGCAAUAUGUGCUAAAUAAUAUAUUGAAAUAACAUCAACUUCAAAAAUAUGUAUACUUUGUGGAGAUAAAUGUUCUUGUUCUUAAGGAUAUUAUUAUGAUUGGAAUGGUUUGAAUGAUGGAAGUGAUAAUAAAUGUUUAAAAUGUAGUCCUAAUUGUUUAAAUUGCGAAGAUUCAUCAACUAAUUGUAUAGAAUGUGCUAAUGAAAAAUAUCUUGAUUUAGAUAGAAAAAUGUGUUUUGAUUGUUAAACACCAUGUUUAACAUGUUCAGCCAUAAAUUAUUGUCUUAGUUGUAUUGAAGGUUAUAUUAUUAAUAAUGGAAUUUGUUAAACUUGUCAAUUAGAUUAUUGUAAUUUAUGCUCAAAUAAUAAUUGUGUAUCAUGUUAAAUAGGAUAUUUUAUUAAUUCAAAUCAUAAAUGUGAACCUUGUCCAAAUAAUUGUCUAGAAUGUAAUUCAAAAGAUAAUUGUUAUAUAUGUUAAUAAAAUACUUAUUUAUCUUAAGGUAUUUGUAAAGUAUGCAAUCAACCAUGUUAAUUAUGUGAUCAAUCUAAAUGUUAAUAAUGUCCUUCUGGUUAUUAUAUAGAAAAUUAAGAUUGUAAACUUUGUCAAAAUUUCUGUAAACUUUGUACAUCAUCAGGUGAUUGUUAAUUAUGUAAUGAUUCUUAUUAUUUUGAUGGUAUUACUUGUAAUUAAUGUUCUACAAAAUGGGAUUAUUGUAAAUAAUGUACAGAUUCAUAAUGUCUUGUAUGUUAAAAUAAAUUUUAUUUGGAUGAUCAAGGUAAUUGUUAAUAUUGUAAAAAUUAAUAUUGUAUAUCAAAUUGCAAUUUUGAAACAUGUUAAGAAUGUGGAUAAGGAUGUAUUAGAUGUAAUCUUGAAUAAUAAUGUCUAUAAUGUUUAACUAAUUAUUAUCUCGAUCAUGGAUAAUGCAUAGAAUGUAAUUCAAAUUGUUUAAAAUGCAAUUAUUAAUAAUGUUUAUUAUGUAAUUCAGGAUAUUAUUAAGAAGGUAAAGAUUGUAUAUAAUGUAAACAUAAUUGUUUACUUUGUGAUAAACAAUAAUGUUAUUAAUGUCCUAAUUUACAUUAUAUUAAAUAAUUAGAAUGUAAAAGAUGUUAACCAAAUUGCUCUAUUUGUAUUGAAGAUUAAUGUCUAUAAUGUGUAGAUGAUACCUUUUAUAUAAAUGUUAAUUAAUGCUUUAAAUGUUAAUCUCCAUGUUUAACCUGCAUGAAUAAAGAUUAGUGUACAAAAUGUUAAUCUAAAAAUUAUUACCUUGAUGAUUUUUAAUGUAAAUAGUGUAAAUAAGGAUGUUUAGAAUGUACUAAAGAUUUAUGUACUUUAUGUCAAUAAUAAGGAUAUUAUUUAGAUAAAGGUGAGUGUUUUUAGUGCAAAUAAGAUAAUUGUUUAAUAUGCUAAAAGGAUAAAUGUACUUAAUGUAAAGAAAUAGGGUAUUAUUUAUCUGAAGAUUUUACUUGCAAAUCAUGUCCAGAAAAUUGUGAGAUUUGUAACUAAGAUAAAUGUUUGCGUUGUACUAAUGAAUUUAUACUACACAAUUAGAAAUGUCUAAAAAGUUGUCCUAAAGGAAAAUAUGAAAAUUAAAAAACAUGCCAUGAUUGUCCUAUAGGAUGUUUAGAAUGUUUAACACAAACAAUUUGUUUAAAAUGCGCUGAACCUUUAUAAUUAAUUAUAGAUAAAUAGAGUUGUGAAGAAAUUGUUAUAAAAAAGGAUAUCCUUUGGCUAGUUGGAACUAUUUUUGCAAUAUCCAUUUUUCUACUAUUUAUUUAAGUAUAUGUGUUUUCACUAUACUAAUUUUAUUUGUGUAUUACUGCUCCAAUUAGAUAUUAUUAUCAUCGAUUUAUAAAUUGA